AUGCAGGCGAUUCCCGGCUGCAAGACUACCUACGAGGUCCUCAAGGAGGGCUCUGGCGCUGUCAUCCAGGCCCGCAGCAACGCGACGGUGCACGCGACCGGCGUGGUGAAAGAGUCAGGCAAGAAGUUUUGGAGCACCAAAGAUCCUGGACAGCAGCCGUUCUCAUACCAGGCUGGAGUGGGAAAGGUGAUCAAAGGCUGGGACCAGGGCUGCCUUGGAAUGAAGGUCGGCGAGGAGAGGAAGCUGAUCAUUCCCUCAGAUGAGGGCUACGGAGCCUCCGGCUUUCCGGCUUGGGGCAUCCCACCCGGCGGAAUUCUGUCCGGCAAGGUUUUGAUGCUUCAGGGCUUCGCGUUGGAUGAAGCCCUGAGAGUCUCGGCAAGGCGCAAAAUGGAGCGCCCGGAACUUCUGCGUCGAGGAUACUACAAUGAGGUGAACGAGGAUGCUUGGCCUGGGCCGUUUGAGGAUGUCUUCAUCUACAUCAUCUGCCAGGAAGCAGCCGAACUACCAAAAGUCAGGAACUACAUUGAGAAGGCUGAUGCCGUCGCAACCAGGCAAGGUCGAGUCCUGCGGCACGUCAUCUUCAACCUCAAUCUCAACAAGCUGAGGGGCGACAUUGAGUUUUACAACAAGUUGCUUCCCUUCCAGCCGGGUCAAGCUACACCCAAGGUCCACCUGGAUUUCUUCUCCACCUUCCGCAACUCUUACUUGAUUCGAUUUGGAAAGUAUACGCAGACUGUACUGCGCGACCCCUUCAACAUCAACUACGUGGGUGCCAUGUAUCAUGCCUAUCCCAGUCCGUGGCAGGAUCCCGAUGGAAACUACCAGCCAAUUCACGCCACGGAUCUUCGUCCAUCCAUCCAGUGCGUGAAGCGCAAGCUGCAGCGAGCAAACGGCCUGUGGCGGGAUGUUGGGCUGCCGGAGGACGAGAAUGAGGACGACGUGUACAAAGUGGUCGACAUGAAGGCGGCGGGAACCAUCAACAAGACGGUGCUGCAGUUCAUCAAGGAAGGUGCCGGAGAUGCGCUGUGGUGGGAGGAAGAGUUCGAGGAUGAAGUGAGUCGCAAGUGGCGCCUGGCCUAA